AUGAAGCUCCCAAAAUUCAAUCCAUUUUUUAAAUCAGGUGAAAUAGAUAUGCCAUCUAUCUCAAAAAUUUAUAAUAAUUCAAAAUUUACGAAAGAAGCAUUAUUAUCGAUUGGGAAGUUUGGGAAUAUUUGUUCUACAACGCCGCUUCCGCUAUGUUUUGUGGUAAGAUCUUCUAACGUUGCACAGCCCAAUGCAGUUGGUCAGAGCAGUCAUUAUGAGCGGACGCAUUUAAAUGUCGGCGUUGUGCCGAGAUGCUACUCUAGGGCUGUGGAUAUUGCGAACACUGCGAUAUUCCAAGUGGGGAAUGCGUUUGUGAAUUUGAUAGCGCUCUGUGUGAUAUUGAUUAUAAGUUAUAACAUCAGAUUUAAGUAUACAGCCAUCGGCAGAUCAGAAUAUGGAUAUUUAUUUCAGCUCUGUUUCCUGUUGAUCUGCAUGACGUUGGUAGUUGAUUGUGGGAUAUCUCCACCUGGCACAGCGGCGUACCCAUAUUUGGUGGCCCUUCAGAUCGGAUUGGUAGGCGGCUGCGCUUGGGCGCUAGGUGUAAUGGCAUUUCUUGGAUUCAGAUUAUGGGAAGACGGAACACGUAAAUCCAUGCUAAUUGUACGUGGUGUGUCUUUUGUCGGACUGUUAUUAGGUUUCCUAGUUUCUAUCAUAACUUUCCGUGACUGGAUGCAAAACCAUAAUGAUAUGAACACAAACACAACUGCAUUAUUUGUGGUUAUGUAUUGUUUGAAUGGUCUUGCAAUGUUGGUUUUUAUAAUAUGUCAAUUGGUCAUCUCAUUAUUUGUGCUUAAAAACCUAUGGAUGACAGGCUCUAUGGUUUUGGGCGCUAUAUUCAUGUCUACAGGUCAAAUAUUAAUGUACACUGUAUCUGCAGAAAUAUGUGAGGGAGUAAAACAUUAUCUAGAUGGAUUAUUCAUAGGCAGUAUCUGCAAUGUGUUUGCCUUAAUGAUGCUUUAUAAGACAUGGGACAUAUCCACCGAUGAUGAUCUUGAAUUCAGUGUUAGUAUUAGCGCAGAUGGUGAUGUUAUGUACCAAUCUGAAAUAAACCUUUAA